UUCAUGAAGUUCCAAUUGCUUUUCACGUCAAUUGUCCUUUAUAAUUUUCCGUAGCGGCCGCUGUUGCUAUGGUAACAAGAACUCGUGGAAUUGGACCAAACGUUUGUUAACGAAGGUAAAAUUGCGCGCCAAUACCAUUUCACCUGACGGGACGGCCAGUGUUACAAUUUAGCAUAUAUUCCCGGUUGUGGCGCGACUUUUAAUAUGUUUUUGGCAACUCAAUGAGUGCUAGUCAGGUGAAAAAAAGUCGACAAUCAGCGUCACAAUAUGUCGGAGGUUCUCCUCACCUCCUCCGACACGGAGGAGGAAGACGCCGAUGAAGAGUAUGAAGAGGAGGCCUCUGAAGAGAUCCCGGCAUCACUGCUCAGCUACUUUGAGGCCUCCAGAAGGCGAGCGGCAGCUUGUGAGAAGCUGAUCCUGGAGGACCUUGAAUAUCUGACUGCAUCACAAUGUAAUGAACGACCGGCACAGGCAAAUUUUGUAAUGGUUGACAAGGACACAAAGACAACAAAUGAGACGGCUGACACGUCUGAUGAACAAAAUGAAGACACCAGCGCUUCCUCUGGCAGUUAUGCAGAUGAACAAGAGUUUUCAACGGUGCCCUGCUACCGCCAUGACGUGGGUGUGAGUGAACUGCAGCUGGACAUGGAGCGCAGGAGACGAGAGGAGCAAGAGUUUGAGAAGGAGCUUCAGAGAAUGAUGGCGGCGGGAAAGCUGCGUCAGAAGAAGGCUGAUAUGACCGAGGUAAAGGCUCGGGAGGAGCUUGAGCGGGAGUUCCGGCUUCAACAGGAGCUACUCAAUGACAUGAAGAGACAAGUGGAGGAGGAGGUGAAAAAGAGGGACGAGGAGCAGAGGCGCCUGGCCCGACGACAGAAAGAAGAGGAAGAGAAGAGGAAAAGGGGACAAGAUGAAGAUAGGUGGAAAAUGGUCCAGGGGAAACUGAAGGAGGAGGAAGAAAAGAACGAGAAGAGCAAAGAGGCAAAUAGGAAGCAAAGAGUGGAAGAAGAGGAGAGGAGGAAGAAAGAGGAAGAGGUCAACAGGAGGAAAGAAACACAAAGUAAACUGAAAGAAGAAGUUGAAAUGACUCGGAGCUCGCAGGAAGACGACAAGAGGAGGAAGCACGUCGAGGAAGAACAAGAAAUGAACGUGAAAAGGGGGGAAGUGGAAGCUCGCAGGAAACAGACAGAGGAAGAGGAAAAGAGAAGGACCAAUGGAGACGACGAGGGGCACAAACAGCUGCAGGAAGAACCGACGGUGAACAAGGAAGAAGAAGAGAGAUGGAAAAAAGCAGAAAGGAAGCUGAAGGAAGAAAAGGAAAUGGAAGAGGACAAGAGGAAACAGGCAGACAGGAGGGGAAAAGUGGAGAAAGAAGUGGAAAAAAGGAGGAAGGAGGUGGAAGAGGCGAUAGCAAACUGGGGGGAGGAAGGGGAAAAGAGGAAACAGGAGGCAGAGGUGAUGCAAAUGCAAGAGGAGGUGAUGGGAAAGAAAGAGGAUGGAAAAGGGACGAGCAAAAAGGCAGUCAGCAAACGACAGGAGGAGGAGGGAAAGCUGAGGAGAUUUGUGGAGAAAGAGGAGAGCAGGCGUGAGGAGACAAAGGGGAGAGCAAUUGAGGAUGACGAAAAGAAAAAGAGAGGUGAGCCCAUGAAAGAAAGUAGCCAGAAUACCGAGGAAAAGGAAAAGAGGAACAAAGAAGCUGUAAGAAAGAAGGAAGAGAAAGCAAAGGAGAGGAAAGAGGAGGAAGGAAAAAAGAGGAGCGAACAAAUGGAAGAAGAAGCAAGCAGCAAGAUGAAGGAUGUGGAAGUGGAAAUGAGGAGAAAGCAGGAGGAAAUGGAAAAGAAGAUAGCAGAGGAAGUGAAAAAGGAUUUGGGGCAAGAGUGCGAGAAAAAGGGAGAGAGGAGGCGAAUAGAAGAGGAAGAGGAGAGUGACAGGAUGGGGCGAGGGGAAGAGAGAAUGGAUAAGAUGGAGGGGGCGGCCACUGACUGUGAAGAAAGGAGGAAAAAGAUCGAGGAGGUAGAUGUGAAGAUGAAGAGGGAGGAAGCAGAAAUGAGCAGCCCGGAAAGUGCAGAAGGGGAAAAGAGGGGAAAAGAGCUGGAGAUGAAAACGGAGGAGGAGGAAAACAGAAUGGAGAGACAGGAAAAGAGCAGCAUCGAGGCAGAGACGCAGUGGAAAGAAGACAAGGAGACGAGAACCAGGGAGGAAGAAGGCAGCAUGACGGCCAACGAGGAAGAUGACCAAUGGAGGUGGCAGAAAGAAAACCAAAGGACUGAGGAAGUCGAAAAGAGGAAGAAGAAUGAGGAAGGGGAGAGAAGUGAGGAGCUACAACCAAAAUGUCCAGAGGAAGAGGAGAGGAGGAAGAGUGAUGACACAGGCAUGAGGAAAGUGAAAGAGAAUACGGAGGUGAAGGAGAGGAGGGGCGAAGAUGAAAAACUACUGGAGGAGGAGAAAAGUGAGCAGCAAUGGAUGAAUCAGAAGGAUGAGAAGAUGACCGGGAGGAGGGAGGAAGAGGAGAGAAGAAACACGAAAAAGAGCGACGAGAGCACAGACCAGGAGGACGAGAACGAAGAACCUUUGACCAAAAACCAACACCAAAGAGACGCAAGCAAUCCGAACAUUCAUCAGAACAUCACUGAGAAUCUCCACGAGGACAUUCACCACAACUCCUCAUGCCGAUCCUGCCUCUCCCGGCUGAUGGAUCAGAGGAGACUUUCUUGGAUGGAAGUACGCGUCCCCUGGUCGGAAAUGGAAAACAGGAGCAGGCGCACGAGUUCUUUGGCGUCCAGGAGAGAAUCCAGGAGGUCCGGCCAGGACAACGACCUUCCUCCGCUUUGUCCCAACGCGCUGCUCCGGGAUGCAGGCAGGGGCUCCCUGCAGGAGGUAACCAUCUUGGUUCUGGAGGACUUGCCAGGCUGCAGUUUAUCCACUCUGGCUCAGUGUACGCGACUCCAGUCUCUGACGAUGAGAAGAUGCGGGCUGAAGGUCUUGGAAGGAAUCAGACGUUUAGCGGAUCUGUGCUACGUCGACGUGCCGGAAAACCAGAUCUCGAGAUUGGACUGUGAGGAUAUGACGGGCCUGAGAGUUCUUAAGAUGAGCUGCAACAAACUGACGUCCAUUCACGGUUUAAGCGGCGCAGAGAACCUGCACAUUCUUGAACUUUCGCACAACUCCAUUGCACGCAUUGCUGGUCUCGACUCUUUGAGGAAGCUCCAGCGCUUGUCUCUGGACCACAACCAGCUCGUGAGUACAAAAGGGCUGAAGGACGUCUGCACCCUGCUGCACCUCGACUGCUCCUACAACCACCUGGCUACUGUGGAGGGUCUGGAAAGCAAUGUUCUGCUCCGCACGUUGGACCUGACUUCCAACAGCCUCAGCGAGCCGCCCGUUCUGCAAGACCACGUCCUCCUCGGGGAGCUGCACUUGGACGACAACAGCCUGGCCUCCCUGCGCCACCUUUUCAGUGCCUCGUGGCUGCCGCAGUUGCAUACGCUUACGCUGGCGCACAACAGGCUCACGCACCUGCCUGACAUGUCUGUUGCCGUAUCGUUAGCGAACCUGGACCUGCGUUUCAACUGUCUGUCAGAUGUGCAGGACGUGUGCCGCAGCCUGGAAGGUUGCUGUUCCUUGGAUGAGGUACACCUUGCUGGGAAUCCUCUCCAGCGGGAGAGCGGCUGGAGAUGCACUCUACAGGCAGAGGUUUCCAGUCUGAGGACAAUCGAUGGGACAGAUACAGACAUCCUCCGGACGCGCUCGGCUGUUGCUAGGCAGAUAGACUCUGGCUCGGGUGUUCUCAGCUUGAUCCGGACGCAACUUCAUCAGAUGAACGAUUUACAGCGGCAGCACACAGAGCAGCUCAGCAAGGUUUCGCGACCACUGGACGCCAUCAAACUUUCCUGCGGACACCUGAUGGAAGCUUUGCAUCUGGCCAAGGAGCAACGACGCUCCCUAGAACGUGCCCACGUCGGCCCAACAUCCGCCAGCUGGACAACCUUGCAGGAUAGUCUUGACGAGGUUUCACCUGCCGCCUCCGGCACGGGGUGUGCGACGCCAUUUUGUGAUGUUCACACAUCUGCAGUGGAGGGAACAAGGAGCAGUGUGCAAAUGGUGUCACACCAUCAAGACUGGGACCCUCAAAGCAACUCCGUUGCAUCAGAAGUCGGAGGAGGAUACGCCUCAUAUGAAGGGAACCCUGAGUCCGCUGUGCAGAAGAGCAUUAUUGCCCAGCACCAUGCGGCGACUCUCAUCCAGGCGCGAUGGAGAGGCUUCACCUUGAGGAGGAGGUUGGCUGCUGCUCUUGCCGCCGUCACGUCCCUGGAAGAUGACGACGAUGCUUUUGAGCUGGUGGAUGUGGAGGAGUUUGUCAUGGAUGAGACAACACUGGAGCAAGGCUGGACUUUAUGUGAGGAUGCUCCUGCCAGAUGUUACUCAGCGUCCAAGCAGCCGCUCCCAGGCAUCUAUCCGGAACAUUUCCAGUUGGUUCUACCACCUCUGCCCAAACAGAGGCUUACGCAAGCUUGGGAGGUCAAAGAAUGUGAGGAGAAGAGGGUUUCACCCCAGAGCUCCAAUAGGAAAAUGUCUUCUUCAACUUCUAUGGCAAGCGACUUCUCCGAGAGAUCAGAAAGAAUUCUGGAGGAAUGGGGCUUCACUAACAGGCACACGGCUGAGCUGAUGCUUAGGAGAGCCCAGAAGAUGAAGUCCAAGCAGAAAAGCGCAGGUCCAUCAGGGCAACUGGAGGCCUGGAGAAACCAGCCACUCACCACCUACCAGCUGCAGCCCCCAAACAGGCUGGCACGGCACAACAGAAAUGCUACUAGGGUUCACCAGGCAGAGACCGGCCCGGGUCGGGCGAGGUGGGACCGGACUCGUGAAUGGCUUCGAAACCAGAAUACUUUGAGGCACUCGGAGAGCGAACAUUUCUUACCAAACAUCUCCGCCGACUUGGUGAAUGGUAGACGACGACGUCUACUUGCACCAGAAGCAGGUCGUAUGGAAAAUCAAGCUACCGGAGUUUGGGCCUGCAACAAUUUACUUGCCCAAGACUGUAGAGAGAACAAAAAUACUGUAGGACUUCCGGUUGAGUCAGGGACCCCCUCCCCCCCACCGCCAUGUCAAAGCAAGAGCCCUAAAGAUUUGAAUGUCUUUCUGGUCCAGGAUAUCCAAGUAGAACAAGACAUUCCCACUGCGUGGAGGAAGGAGCGCAUCUCUUUCCGGGAUGAGCCUGUGUGUCGUAGCAGUGGCUGGGGUGGAGGGAAGAAGAGACAGAAAGUAAAACACUGA